CGAAGCCGCGUCGGACACAGAAGGCCUGGCAAAUGGCAAUGGAGGAGGCCAGGGAGCUGGGGUCUGCUGGGCAGGCAGAGGAAGAAGGCGCCUCGGAGGGCGGGCGAGGGGCGCUUGGAGGGGGCUGGCUGCCCACCCACCCCACGUUGACAAAGAUGACCUCGCUGGAUGUGGCAGACAGCAGUGGCGUGUAUGCAGCCUUCUUAGUUUACUUAGACCUCUUAGAAGUUAGAAACUGGCAUGAGGUGUCCUACUUCGGACUAGGAGAUUUCCAGCUUGUGUGCCUCCGUGGGCGAGAGAAAGAAACGGAGGAUUUACAAAUGGUGGUGCCAACUCCUGUUCACACAUCUUUCAGCCAUGAGAGAAUAAGACAGAUCAUGAAGAAAGUGUGGGCUUUGGAAGAUAAGCCUGAUUCCCCACUGUCCAUCACACUGGCUAUAGUUGAAUCAGACUCCACAAUAGUCUACUACAAACUAACAGAUGGUUUCAUAACACCAGACCCUCCUAGUAACGCUGAAGACAUGGGCGAUAAAGAGUGGAGGAAGAAAAAAAGAAAGAAGUUUCUGAGACGAUAGGAAAAUGAACAAAUCAUGUCUGCUUCAGAUCUAAAUCAAACUGGAAUUAAAACAUGCACUUGGGACUUAGAACAUCUGUUUUGAAAAUCCUCACUACAGCUUGAGAAUUGGCAGGAUAUUGAGGUGCAUAUCUUGUAAUAAAGUGGGACAUCAAAGAUUUCUUGGACCAAUUCAGGAAUCUCUCCUCUCCUCAUCAGUAAGUUCACAUUUGGAAGCUUUGUUUUAAAAGGCAAACUUUUGGGAUGAAAUUAAAUUCUGGUGUUUGUUCUUGA